CCACUCUUCCCAGUACCCACCACACUCCUCGCUCGCACCACUUCGCCGCGCGCACCAACCCACCACCACCGCACACCGCAAUGUCCGCCGCCGUCGCAGCCUCAGACGCCGACCAUGCCGCCUCCCCCGGCGACGACCCGCUCGCGGGCGGCGGCGCGGACAGCGCCUGCUCCACGCCGUUCGUCAGCGCGCCGUCCAGCCCCACCCGGGACCCCUUCUCCGGCCACCACCACGCCGCGUGCUUCUUCAGCGCGCCGGCCAGCCCCACCCGCGGCGCCAGCAGCAAGGACUUCGUCUGCGGCGGCCUCGACUUCGACUUCGACUUCUCCUCCCGCUUCCCGUCGCCCUCGGCCGCGGCCAUGUCGUCCGCCGACGAGCUCUUCCACAACGGCCAGAUCCGCCCCGUCCGCCUCUCCGCGAUGCUGCUCCAGCCACACCAGCCCCACCAGGCUUCGCUCGCCGACGACGCGUCCUCGCCAUCUUCUCAGGCGGCGGCGGAGGCAGGCGAGCGUGGCCGCUUCCGGAGCCGGUCCGUGCACCGAAAGUCUCGCUCGCUCUCCCCGUUCCGCGCCCACUGGAGGUCACCGUCUCCAGCGCCGCCGCCGGAGUCCGAGUCCGUCGAGCCGACCGCGACGCCCCCGGCUUCGCGCUCCUCGUCGUCAUCGUCCACCGCUUCGUCCGCGUCGUCCUCUUCCUCGAGGGGCUCCCGCCGGUGGGGCUUCAUCAAGGAUCUCCUCCACCGGAGCAAGUCCGACGGCGGCAAGGACAACCAGCACCCUUCCGCUCCGGCUCCCCCAGCUUUCUCCGCAACGCCGAAGAGGAGCUCAUCUCCUUCUCCUGCAACUCCUUCUCUAUCGCCAUCACCGUCGCCGGCGGCGGCGAGGGGGAGAGGGACAGGGAGGGGCCGGCGGAGGUCGGCGCACGAGAGGCUCUACGAGGCGAGGAGGGCCGAGGCUGAGGAGAUGCGGCGGCGGACGUACCUGCCGUACCGGCAGGGCGGGCUGCUGCUCUUCGGCUGCAUUGGGAUCGGCAACCGUAGCUACGGCACAGCCGUCCACGGCCUUGCCCGGGGGCUCAACACCGCCGCCGCUGUCUCCACCAGGUCAUGAAUCGUGGCCACACCUCGAACCACGGCAUCUCCAUGGACGCAUUCGCUUGUCCACUGGAUGCUGCAGCUGUUCUUGGAGCUGGAAGGAUGGCGCUUGGUCUCUCAAGCGCGGGGCAAUGCAGCGUCAAAACUGCAGAAAUUGCAUAGAAAAUAUUAGUACCAGUAGCUAUCUAAAUAGUUUCAUGUAUGGAUUUUGGGUGAUGUAAACGGGCUUGUUUAUGUAGUGAUAAUUAGUGGAAACCAUUUAGUGUGGCUUGCUUCUCUGCUUGUUCUGUGAGCAAGGAACCUGAUUAACUGAAAAAAUUGCAACUAUAUUUGUGCCUUCA